UUUGAUCCUUUAAUUUAAUCUCUUAACAAUAAUAAUAAGAGAUGAGAAGAGUUGCGAGUUGAAGCGAUCACCAUGGCUUCAUCACUAUCACCUCCGAAAGUGAAUAUGGAGGUACAUGUCCAUAACCGUCACAAACUUCUCAAAUCCCUUCGCCAACACCUUUCCCAAUCUUCUCUUCCUCUUCACGGUUUCGUCCUCCUUCAGGGCGGCGACGAACAAACUCGUUACGACACCGAUCACCUUGAACUCUUCAGACAAGAGAGUUACUUCGCUUAUUUGUUUGGAGUUGAAGAACCCGGUUUUUAUGGAGCAAUUGAUAUUGGAAGCGGGAAUUCUAUCCUAUUUGCUCCUAGGUUGCCUGAUGAGUAUGCUGUUUGGAUGGGAAAGAUCAAAUCACUUUCCCAUUUUAAGGAACAUUACAUGGUUACUACGGCCUGUUUUACCGAUGAGAUUCCAACUGUUUUGAAACAACAUUACCAAGGUUCAGGGAAACCCUUGCUCUUUCUUUUGCACGGCCUUAACACAGAUAGCAAUAAUUUCUCUAAACCUGCGGAAUUUCAGGGCAUUGGCGAGUUUGAUCAGGAUCUGACAACUUUGCAUCCUAUAUUGACUGAAUGCCGUGUUAUCAAGUCAGAGUUGGAAAUUGAUCUUAUUCAGUUUGCCAAUGAUAUAAGCUCUGAAGCUCAUGUUGAGGUUAUGAGAAAAGCUAAAGUGGGCAUGAAGGAGUAUCAGCUUGAAAGCACUUUUCUUCACCACACCUACAUGUAUGGUGGAUGUCGGCAUUGCUCUUAUACAUGUAUUUGUGCUACUGGUGACAACAGCGCUGUUCUACAUUAUGGGCAUGCAGGAGCUCCUAAUGAUAAGACUUUGGAAGAUGGAGACAUGGCGUUGCUUGAUAUGGGAGCUGAAUACCACUUCUAUGGGUCUGACAUAACAUGUUCUUUCCCUAUAAAUGGAAAGUUUACAAGUGACCAAUCUCUUAUUUAUAAUGCUGUUCUUGAUGCUCAUAAUGCUGUUAUUUCUUCAAUGAAACCUGGAGUAAGCUGGGUUGAUAUGCACAUAUUAGCACAUAGAGUGAUUCUGGAGUCACUAAAGAAGGGACACAUUGUUGUGGGCAAUGUUGAUGACAUGAUGGAUGCACACUUGGGUCCUGUUUUUAUGCCGCAUGGUCUGGGGCAUUUCCUUGGUAUAGAUACACAUGACCCUGGGGGCUACCCUAAGGGCCUAGAAAGAAGAAAGGAACCGGGACUAAAAGCCUUGCGUACGGCCAGAGAGCUUCAGGAAGGAAUGGUUAUCACCGUGGAGCCUGGAUGCUACUUUAUUGAUGCUUUGUUACCUCCAGCCAUGAAUAAUCCCAAAACUUCCAAGUUCUUUAACCAGGAAGUGAUUAGCAGAUUUAAUGGUUUUGGUGGAGUUCGAAUUGAGAGUGAUGUGCUUGUUACUGCUACUGGUUGCUAUAAUAUGACCAAGUGUCCAAGAGAAAUACAGGAGAUUGAGGCAGUGAUGGCAGGAGCACCAUGGCCAGUCAAGAAGACUCUCAGCUCAGCGUGUGAACUUGCACACCCUAAGUUUUUAUAAAUUGUUCAUACAAUCUUAAUUUUCUUCAUUCUGACCACCCUGAUAAUUUGGUUUUGCACUCUGACCCAUUCACACUGCACUGUGAUGUCAGAUCUGUUGUGCUGAAAAAACUCGGUGAACUGCUGCUAUUUUUUUUUUGACUUUGUUGGUUUUUCUGCAAUGGUAAUGUUGAUUAUUAAAAAAUUGAAUCUAUAUAGAAACGAACACAGGAGGUAGUGAUGGGUUAUUACCAUUCAUGAAUGAAUGUAUCCAAUAGGGCUACACAUCUUAUCUGCAUUUCAUGGAAAUGUUGGGUAUAUAUUAGGGUUAUAGAUUAUAUGUACAUCACUUACACUUAUUUUCAUAAUGUAUUUAAUUUAUUUGCCGUGCA